UAUGUCAACUACUAUUUGUCUUUUAAUUAUCUUCGCUUAUCCACCCAAAAUAAACCUAAUUUUCAUCUCCUUUUAUUUUCUAUUUUUGUCCAUCGCUUAAGUUUCAAUUUUCCAAUUUCAACAAAACAAUCAAAAAAGAAAAGAAUGAGCGCAGGAAGAAUUAAUGAGACCUUUUACAUAUCGCAUGGUUCGCCUCUGCUGGCAAUCGACGAUUCGCUUCCAGCAAGGCAUUUCUUGAAGAGUUGGACACAUCAAAUAUUUCAACAAAAACCUAAAUCUGUUCUUAUAAUUUCUGGUCAUUGGGAAACAUAUGAGCCUACAGUUAAUGCCGUUGAUCGUGUUGAUACUAUCUAUGAUUUCUAUGGCUUCCCUCAUUCCAUGUAUAAGCUGAAGUAUCCUGCACCAGGAGCUCCAGAAUUGGCAAAGCGAGUGCAGGAGCUUCUAACCACAUCUGGAUUUAGGCAUGUAAAAGUAGACAAGAAACGAGGGCUAGAUCACGGUGCAUGGAUACCAUUAAUGCUAAUGUACCCUCAGGCUAACAUUCCUGUUUGUCAACUCUCACUUCAAAUGAACAAGGAUGCUACUUACCAUUAUAACAUGGGCCGAGCUUUGGCUCCUUUAAAGGAGGAAGGUGUUCUCAUUAUUGGUUCUGGUAGUGCUACCCACAACUUAAGGAGCCUUGAUAGAAAUGCUGGUGAUGAAGUUGUUCCAUGGGCUGCUGAGUUUGAUAAAUGGCUUGAAGAUGCUUUGGUUAGUGGAAGGCAUGAAGAUGUCAAUAAUUACCUACAAAAAGCACCAAAUGCAAAAAAGGCUCAUCCAUCGCCAGAUCAUUUUUACCCAUUGCAUGUAGCCUUGGGUGCUGCUGGAGAAGAUGCAAAGGCGGAGCUGGUACAUCGCAGCUGGAGCCUUGGUACCUUCUCGUAUGCCUCCUACAAGUUCACCGUUCCAAGCUAACUGUCGCGUAGUCAUAUUUAUACAUGUACCAUUUAUAAAGUUUGUGUAAUUUGUUUGAAGAAUGUGCCCAUCAUAUAAGAUGCAUGUUGUGUUGUUUAAAACUACAAUGCGGCCAACUAUAGAUUGUAACCUAUUGAGUAAUGCGUACUAUUAUCCAUACCCAACAAGAAAUGUACUUUUCUACUAUUAUUUUCAAUUCAUUUGAUCAUGGGAUUGUGCAUGUAAAGUAUGUAAUUGAUUCUUCAAAGUUGAUAUGGUUUUCUAGCGUGUACUUCCUCUGUUUCAUUUAA